AUGCCGGGCCCUUGGUUGCUGCUCGCCUUUGCUUUGACCCUGACCUUGGCCAGCGUCCCUGGUGGCCACACACAGUCGGACUUGGCCGAGCAGGAGGUGGCGGUGAUCUCCGAGCACCCUGGUCUGGACGACCUCCUGCGCCAAGCUGAGCGCCUUCUUCAGCUCCGGGAAGACCUCCAGCAGCUGCGGGCCAUCCCGCAGGAUCAGGAACCUGAGUCUCAGCAAUUUCAACCCACCUGGCUCUUGAAGCGUCAGCAUCCCGGCAAAAGGGAGGAGGAGGCAGCAGAGGGAAGUGAAGAGGAGGAGGAAGGAGAGGCAGCACCCAGGCCCCACAAACGGCAGCACCCAGGCCGGCGGGAGGCUGCCUCUGCGUGGCCCCUCCACGUCACUCGGCAGAAGCGGCAGCACCCUGGCCGGCGCUCCGCCUGGCUUAGGGACAUCUUGACCAAGAGGCAGCACCCGGGCAGACGGCUGGCAGAGCCCAAGCCCCAGGGCUGGGAAGAGGAGGCGGAGGAGGCAGAGGAAGAGGGGGGAGAUCCGAUGCCUGAGAAACGCCAGCAUCCGGGGAAGAGGGCCUCAGGGGGCUCAUGCGGGCCCUGGCAAGCCUGUGGUCAAGCCAGCCUUCUGCUGGGGCUGCUAGAUGACCUGAGCAGGAGCCAGGGGGCCGAGGAGAAGCGGCAGCACCCCGGGCGGAGAGCAGCCCUGCUGAGGGAACCCCUAGCUCAGUGAGCCCCAUGAUUGUAAAGUCAAGUUUGGCACCUAAGAAUGUCAUGGGCCCAUGGGCCCUGUCAGUCCUUUGUGGCCCCUUUAUUCCUUCCUCCUUCACUCCCUGGCCGUAAACCUGAGCCCCCUGUGUACACAUGACCAACCCCUGGCCUUGCGCCCUCCUUCAGGGACACGAGGAAAUCAGUAUAUGAGUUAAAACCCCAUAUACUCCACUUUGCAUCUCUGGCAAGGGGCAAAUCCCUGAGUCCUCUCCCCACUCCUGCAGUCUGGUUAAGAUGACUUCCAAGGGACGAGCAGCCAGUGAGGGUUGGCGGAGUCACAGCUGUGAUGUCCAAAUCACAGCUUUACCACAGGUAGACUUCACCCCUAGAACCCAGGAGCUCCUAUUCUUCAGCAUCCUUUCGUGGGUGGGCAGAGUUCUAUGCCGCUGUGUGGUCCACUUGAGGGAAGCGUUGUAAGUGAAGAUACCCUAAGGUGCUGUGCCUGGUGGGGGCUGUGGGUAUAAAUGUGUGGGGACUAUGACAACAUAUGACCCUCUGUACACCUCCCCUUGUCAAUGAUAAUCAUCCUAACGACAAUAAAACAUUC